UUUCAUGAUGUCAGUCAACUUGAAUUCUAUCCGAAGCAAGGGAAAUCGCCGGAACUUCGAAAAAGAAUGGGGGGAAAUUUUAUGUAUUUUACCUUUGCCGCCUUUAUAUAUAAAUGCUCAGCCGCCACCCUCCCAAUUAUUUUCCUGUCAGGAGAAAAGAGGAAGACGUCUUCCCUUUCUUUCAUGUUGUCAUAGAUGAACAACUCGACUUCAGCUUUCUCUUAUGUAUCUAUCAAAGAUCAAUAGACCCUAGACUGCGUCUCUGCCCGGCAUUAACAUCAACCAAGUAAAGCCAAGCAAGAAUCGCAAUACGCCUCUCCUUGCCUCUCUCUCUUCAACUGUUCUGAUUCUCCACUGUUGAGCAUUGAACUCAUUCAACAAGCCCGCCCUCGUCUACGGAUCUCGAAAACCUGUUCAACACGAGUCCAAUUAAUAAUAGAAUAAACGCCGAAUUGGAAAACUAGACCCAACGGUAAAAAAGAAAGAAAGAAAGAAAGAAAGAAGAAAGAAAGAAAACAAAAUGGCAACCACAGUUACAGAUUCUAUUUCCGCAGCUGAUGUCGAUAGCUACGACUAUGUCAUCGUCGGCGGAGGAACAGCUGGCUGUGUCAUCGCCAGCAGGCUGGCGGAAUAUCUCCCUCGAAUGAGGAUCCUCGUUAUCGAGGCUGGUCCCAGCGACUACCAGGACGACAGAAUCCUCCUGCUCAAGGACUGGCUCAGCUUGCUCGGCGACCAGGAGUUUGAUUACGACUAUGGAACUGUAGAACAACCGAUGGGAAAUAGCUAUAUCCGCCAUUCCCGCGCCAAGGUGCUUGGUGGCUGCUCCAGCCAUAAUACCCUUAUCUCGUUCCGGACUUUUGAGUAUGAUUGCAAGCUUUGGGAAAGUAUGGGUUGCAAAGGCUGGAACUUCGAAACCUUCACUCGCCUUGCGGAUAACCUGCGGAACACCAUCCAGCCCGUCCAUCUCCGGCACCGCAACCAACUUUGCAAGGAUUGGGUAGAAUCUUGCUCCACCGCUCUGGGUAUCCCGGUGAUCGAAGACUUCAACAAGGAAAUUCGUGAAAAGGGCAAAUUGACGGAGUGUGUCGGCUUCUUCUCCAUCUCAUACAACCCUGAGGAUGGCCGCAGAAGCAGUGCGAGUGUUGCCUACAUCCACCCCAUCAUCCGUGGAGACGAGAAACGUCCCAAUUUGACCGUCUUGACGAACGCUUGGGUCUCGCGCGUCAACGUUAAGGAUGAUACCGUAACAGGAGUCAACGUGACACUCAAAUCUGGGGAAAAACUCACCGUCAAUGCCAAACGGGAGACCAUCCUCUGUGCCGGCUCAGUCGAUACCCCACGCCUACUUCUAAUAUCCGGCAUUGGCCCCAAGGAACAACUCGCCCCCCUGUCCAUCCCCGUCGUCAAGGAUAUCCCAGGCGUCGGUGAAAACCUCCUCGACCACCCAGAAACAAUCAUCAUCUGGGAACUCAACCAACCCGUACCCCCUAACCAAACCACCAUGGACUCCGAUGCAGGCAUCUUCCUCCGCCGCGAGGCCCCCAACGCGGCCGGUUUCGACGGCGACGCCGCAGAUGUAAUGAUGCACUGCUACCAAAUCCCCUUCUGUGUCAACACCGCCCGACUCGGCUACGACGUCCCCAUGAACGCCUUCUGCAUGACCCCGAACAUCCCUCGUCCCCGCUCCCGCGGCCGCCUCUACCUCACCUCCGCCGACCCAGCCGUGAAACCUGCCCUAGAUUUCCGCUACUUCACCGACCCAGAAGGCUACGACGCCGCCACGAUCGUCGCCGGCUUCAAAGCCGCCCGCAAAAUCGCGCAGCAAUCCCCCUUCAAAGAUUGGAUUAAGCGCGAAGUCGCGCCGGGGCCUGACCUCACGACCGACGAGGAGUUGAGCGAGUAUGGACGACGGGCAGCGCAUACCGUCUACCAUCCGGCGGGCACGACGAAGAUGGGCGAUGUGGUGAAUGAUCCGUAUGCGGUCGUUGAUCCAGAAUUGAAGGUUAGGGGAUUGAGAAAGGUUCGUAUUGCGGAUGCGGGCGUGUUCCCUACUAUGCCUACUGUUAACCCGAUGGUAACGGUGUUGACGAUUGCGGAGCGGGCGGCCGAACUUAUUGCUGAGGAAGCCGGAUGGAGAAGGGAGGCGCCUAAACUGUGAUUAUUUUUCAUUUUAUUUCUUUUUUACCUAAUAAGUAAUAUAUGUGUAUUUUUGGCCAUUUUUUUUGGUCAUGUUUACCUCUUGAUAUCUACAUCUGGGCACCAUGAUGUUUCAUUUUCGGGUAUCUGAUCGGAUCUGGUCUGGUCCUGGUGUGGGCGGAUAUUUCGCUUUUACUGAUUUAUCUAUACUAACUUUUACAAAAUUAUGUGCUGGAUACUCACAUUAUUUUGGGUUUACUGCCAGAUAGGAAAUUUAAAAGUGAUAAAAGAAGUUUAUUCGCUGGCUUCAUUGAUAUAUUAUACGGUGAUUUCGUUUUAUUCUGUUGACACACCCCAACCUUAGGGGAAUGAACCUGCGUCCUAGCCUUUCGAUUACUGGAUAUUAUCAGACAUAUAUCGAGCAAUAAAAUCUGCUAUCUGCUUACGACACUCCCAGAGAAAGGGGGCAGGGUAGCUCUGCUUUCACGGGUGGUUGGGCUGUUCUGUCCUACGUGAGGAACAUGAUUGUUUGCCCAUCAGACCAGGGGCUGCCGAACACAUCGUUCGAUUAACUAACUAGUUAGUUAGUUCACUUUGUUUUCUUCCCCUUCAAUGCUCCUCACCUUCACGAAAGCUGAUGGUGUCAAGUCAAGUCAUAAACAAACUCCCUUUUCAACCACGCUUUUCCAACCAAUUUAGCAUCUCUUCCCGCAUCUCUCCCUCGUCAGUGAUGCUAUGGCCUAUUUAAUUCUGACUUAGCCCUUAAUUUCGUCCGUGAAACCAUCCUCAUCUACCUAGGUAAUCUAUAGACAUGCUGUCAGACGUUUGGUUUCCACACCUGUCGGAUAUUGCCCGUCCAACCUCCCUCGCAUGAACCUAGUGAACUCUUACCGAACCCCUAAACUUCAAGUACAUACAGAACCUGUGCAAAAC